CUUGAGGUAAGCAUAUCUUCCCCGAUCGUGUGUUUAAGUUGCAGAUCGGCACAUUAUUGGUGGCAGCGGUGCUGGUAACAACCUAAGGCAACUUUUGGUGUAAUUUCUUGAGCUCGCACGCAGUUAUUGCCAUAAUAAUAGCGUUUUUAGCGGAGCUCGAAAUUCGUCUGCUAAAGUACACACUAACGCACGUAUCGAUCCCAACUUUUAUCUUUCUCUCUAUAAUUAAAUUAAUUAAAUUUCUUCCUGUCUUUUUGUGUAUUAUUUUGGUGUUUUGUACGUCUGCAUUGUUUAUUUUCUUUUCCAGCUGGUUUUAUUUCCGCACUUUUUAAUAAAAUACAAUAUUUUUAUCUGUGUGGGUGUCUUUUAUGAGUUAUUCAUCAUAAUAAAGUGUUGUACAAUACUUUUUAUCUGUGUGUGUGGUUAUUAUUUUUUUCUUUUUGAAAUCAUGUGGGAUCAAGGGGAUAGGAGUAAGUUAGGUGAGACGCGCGUAGUUGGCCCGACGUUCUCCCUGCAUGCCGUGCCGGCGGUGCAGGUUAAUUUCGCCAGCGAGGAGGAGCUCGCAGCGAUUCCCGGAGUUGGGGCGAGGCUGGCGAGGGCCCUGGUGUCAGUAAGAGAGAAUGCGGGGAACAUCACGCGCUCCGUUUUGGAAACUCUGUGCCGUCGCACUUUCACAGAAAUCGAGCUGGAGGGGAUUGAUUUCGCUCCUAACUCUAGUUUUCAGGACCCGGAGUGCGACGAUGCAGGCCCCGCGUCUGCCAUAAAAACAGAAGUCUCCCCACCGCGGAGCAGUAGCGACUGGGCGUCCCUAUUAAAACCCAAUGUCGACGCAGCUAAACCCGUAGUUGCUACGUCUUUGGCGCCCCCGGUGGUGUCUGCCGGAGGUGCACCGGCCCCGAAGCCGUUGUUGCUGACCCCGGCGGCGUUUACUGUGGGACGGCCGGAACAGGGGCGAAACAUAUCGCAGCCGAUUUUUAGCCCUCCCGAUAGCGUAUCAACGGCGUCGUCGGAGAUAGGUAGCUCGGAAGGCCCCAGGGGUCCAGUCAGUCCGGUGGUAACACCUAGGACGGGCAGGGCGCGUGACCCCCUACGGUCACUGCCUAAGUCGCUUAACUAUGAUGGGAGUUCGAACUGGGAAUCGUUCGAACUCAAGUUUACGCGUUUCGUCCAGUCUCAUGACUGGACUGAGGAGGAGCGUUUGGACGGGCUGAUAUGGUGCCUCAAUGGCAAAGCCCUUGACUUUUUUCGACUGAUUCACACUCAGGGUGUGGUGUCGUACCUGGCCCUGCUUCGGAGAAUGAAGGAGCGGUUCGGGGAUGUAGAUACCCCGGUGUCGGCCCAGACGCGAUUUCAGCAGGCGUCGCAGUUAGCCGGGGAGUCCCUAGAGGAGUGGGCGGACAGGGUCAUGACCCUGGGCUGCAAGGCGUUUACUCGGUUGCCGGAUGAGUUCGUCUCCCGGCAAAACGUGUAUAAAUUUUGCCAGGGCCUCUGGGAUAGAGAAGCAGGUCAAGAGGUGUGCCUCCGGGAGCCGGCGUCUAUUCAAGACGCAAUACGAUUAGUGCGCAAAUUUCAGCAAGUGCACGCGGCUUUCGGAGAAAAGAGGGAUAAAAAGCGCCUCCUCGUCAGAAAUGAUGAACAGGAGCCUCGAGUAUGUGCUGCUGCAGCGCCGAGCGCUAGCGCCCCGACAUCGCUGGAUUUUACUAAAGCUCUGAAAGAGUUGGAGGAGCGACUAACGAAGUCUCUCCAGUCGGGCAACGGCCGUCGGUAUCCGGCCAGAAACAGGACGAUGGCCUGUUAUAACUGCGGCGAGGUGGGCCAUUUUAGAAACAACUGCCCGAAGAAGGCGUUAAACAAGAACGGGUCGGGGAAGUAGGAGGUCGCUUCCCGGGCCCGCAGU